AUGAUUCUCAGGAUGCCCAGCACGGCGGUGGUCUUUAUGGUCGCGGUUUCUAGGAGGUUCGCCAUAGUGUUUAGGUCACGUAAGUCGACUGAAGGCUCGUCCAUGAUGUUCCCCGCAAGCUGUGGCAGCCCUUUGAUUGCUGUGCAACCCCUUGCCAAAGUGCAGGGUCCUUGCAGAGUCGGACACACUCGAGAGACCUCCCUGCAAGAGCCACGACCGUGGCUUUGGGCUCCGGUCACAUUGGCCCUUGCUGCAGGUGCCAGGCGGAGCAUUGCCCGUUACGCUGAGCCCGACAGGCUCAGCUCGGGUGUGGAGCUGCAGGGCACCAAGGCACUGAGCUCGCCAGCAACUAUUCCAAACUCAUCCCCAAAUUACAUAUUGCCCGCCACUUUGCCCCCUUCUCAACAAAGUGACCCGAAGGUGGUGGUGACGGGCGGCUCGCGCGGCAUCGGCCUGGCCACCGCGCGGCUGAUGCUGUCACUGGGCGCGGAUGUUGUGAUCUGCGCGCGGGGGACAGAGGAGCUUGCAGCCGCACAGCGGCAGAUGCCCCGAAGUGAGCACUGCCAGGCCAUCCCUGCCGAUCUCUCCACCCAAGCAGGUGUUGCGGCCUUGGUGGACCAACUGCCUUGGUCUGAGCUGGAUGUUUUGGUGAACAACUGUGGCAUCAACAUUCGCAAGAGGGCGGAGGAGUUCGGGGAUGAGGAGUUCGAGAAGAUCUUCAACAGCAACUUCAUGAGCUGCAUGCGGCUCUCUAUGGCAGCCCUGCCAUUGCUUCAGAAGGCACGAGGAGGGAUUGACCAUGAUUGA